AUGAAUGAUAACAUAAAUAAUAAUUUAGGAAAUGAAAUUAUUAGAUUAUGCAAAGCAAGAAUAGAUGUGAAAAGAGAGGUUAUUUAUAGAUUAAAAACAAGUUUUCAAAGUAGUUUUUUAAAUCAAUCAAAAUUCUUUUUAGAGGAGGCAUGGAAUUUUAUUAACCAACUAGAUGACCCAGAAAUCUAUAUAACCAGCGUAGAUAAUAUUAGCUGUGACUAUCAUGAUAAGUUUACAAGAGAUAAUGAAUGCUUUAGACAAUUAAAAGAGGUUGUUGAUACUUUAGCAAGCCAUCAAAAAACAUUGCAACAAAUUAGAUUCUUAAAAACCCAGCAACAACAGCAACAACAACAAAAUAAUACUUUAAAGCCAAUGACCUUACAGUCAUUACAAUCAAUUCAAACCUCAUUGGGAAAUCAACAACAAACUUCAACCUCUGCAUUACAGUCACAUUUACAACAAAAUAAUGAUUCUGACCAAAAUGAAAAAUGGAUAAAAGACUUAUUAUUCUCAGUUAUUCAACUAAAGCAAUACUAUUCCGAGUUUAUAGAUCAAAUUAUUAAAUAUUUAGAUUGUGGCAAAAUCGGAGAUUUAAAUGAUAUAAUGGAGGGUAAUAAGGCAACAAUCAGUAGUGAAUCUUUCCCACGUCCAUUUUAUAGAAUAAAUAGAUCAACUGCACUCAAGAUACUAAAUUUAAACGAACACUUAGAGCCAUUAAAUAAUGAUAAAUCCUUUUCACCAUUUAUUUUUGAUAAUAAUUCUCCAAUAAACUCACCAUUUUUACACAGUUCCAUAAGUAAUAAUAAUAAUAAUAAUAAUAACGGAUCUCCAUCAUCUAAUUCAUCACCAUUUUUAACAUCUACUUCCCCAUCAAUUAAUCUUUCUCAGUGCUCUACACCUGGCUCUCCACACAUACAAUCAUCCUCAAUGUUUUGGAAACAAACUAAAUCAAUUUAUUUCAAUAAAACAAAUUUGGCAGAUUUCGGUAAAGAUAUAACAGUUAAUAAAUUAUAUCAACUUUUAAAUAUUCCAUUUGCUCCAACCUCUUUGUUGGUAGUUUACAUUGAUAAUUCUUUUAUUGAUGACCACUUUACAAAACCACAGUUAUUUUAUACACAGGCUUUCUGGGGUGUUGAUGGCAGAAAAUUCGAAUAUGACCCAUCUCUUUCAACUCCAUCUAAAAUUCAACUAAAUACUUCAAAUAGUAGCAAUAGUAUUGUUCCAACAGAUAUUAGUAUUAUUUCCUUUGCUGAACAAGUAUUUGGAACUCUUUUAAUUUGUCCUAAAGAAAAUCAUUUCCAAAUGGUCCAAUUGGAUGAUGCAAAUCAAACCAACCAUUCCAGUGGUAGUAUUAGUCCCCAUGUAAACCUUCAAAACAAAAAUAUAAAUAAUAUACAUUCAAUUAGCUCAUCCCCACCUACCUUAACAACAUCGUUACCACCUCUUCCCCCAUCUAUUAGCUCAUCUCCCCCACCUUUAUUACCAACCUCAACACUAUCAUUGCUAACACCACACCCACUUAUAGCACCAAUUUCAAUUUGUUCAUCAUUACAAUCAUCCAACUAUAUACCAAAAUCUUAUACUCUAAUUUCAAUUAAAAAUGAUCAAUUAAAUUUUGAAGAUGAUGAUGAAAUUAUAUUUAAUAAUAAUAAUAGCCCUGAUGAAAGUGAAAAUAACUUAUUCUCGAAAUUAAAUAUUUUAAAACUACCACAAAUGGAUAAAACAGUACCAUCGAGAUUUCAAAAAUAUAUUUGCAACAUAAACUCACAAUUUCUUAUUGUUCAAUGGUUAACCAAAUUAGAAGAGUUUAAUAAUAAUUUUUCGAAUCUUUUAAAAACUAUAAAAUUUAUUAAUCAAGAUUCUCAACCAUUUCUUUCAUCAUCAUUAAAAAGAUCCCAACAAAGACAACAAAGCAAACAAGAUGAACAGAAAAUCAAUGAAGAGGAGUCUUCUUUAUCAUCAUCAGCAUCAUCAACAUCAGCAUUAUCAAUCAAUUCAUCAGUUUCAUCCUCUCCAUCAUCCUCUCCAACCAAAACCUCAGCUAAAAUUAUUUGUAUUGAGGAGUUAUUUUUAAAAUUCAACCUACCAAUUAAACUAAAUAGAAAAACCAUUGAAACUGUUCAAAAAAGAUUUGAAACCAUACAGAAUCAACUAAAGAAAAAUAGCAAUAGUACAUUCUCUGAUUUAUUUUUAAAAGUCUAUCCAUUACAAUUUGUCUGUUUUAAAGAUUUAACUAAUAAUGAAACUAUAUCAAAAAAAUCAAAUUUUGUACCAAUUAUAACAAUAACCUCAUUCGAAGACAAUAAUAAAAUAAUAAAAUUAAAUAAUAAUUUAUCCUCAAGCCCAGGAAAAAUCAAAUCAAGUAAAAAUAAAACUUUAGGAGUUACAAUAAACAAUAGCAAUAAUCAAUCAAACACAAAUGAUAAACAUGCAAAAAUUUCACACGGAAAAUCUUCAAGCUUUUCAUUUAAACCCCAAAAUCCACAACCCAGUGAAAACUCGACUGGUGGUAGUAUUUGCAAAUCCCAUUCAUCAUCAUUUUCAGCCAAUAUUUUAGCAAAAUCAAGAACCAAUUCAUCUUUAAAUCUUUAUGAUUAUGUAUCUCCUCAAAAAUUAUUAUUAAAAUUUGAUAUAGAUAGAUUUAAAUUAGCAGAAUCAGUUUUUCAAGAGAUAUUGGUACAUUUCCAUUUAGACUCUAAAAAAGUUCCAUUAAAUGUUAUUUAUAAUAAAAUUACAUUGUUGCAACAAAUUAGAGCUACCCAUUUUUCACAGCCCAGAUCCAUAAUUGAAUUAUAUCGUCUUAUUUCAAAGCAUUUAAAAAACCAAAAUCAAAUCAAUAUUUUCAACACUAAAUUCAAACCAAUAUUUAAACAAAUUGCCCAAGAUAACCCAAACCUUCAACUUAACUGGAUCUUAAUAAUCGAAGAGUGGUUUUCUGAUGAAUGGGAAAAUCCAAAGCAACUAUUCCCAAGACAAACAAGAGAAAUUAAAGGUUCAUUCUUUGGAAAAAGACUUUUACCACAAAAUAUUCAUGACCAUUUAUUCUCUGCAGAUGGUAAAUUUAUUAGAAGAAAUAAAUAUGGUAGAAAAGAUGUAUCAUGGUAUCCAGAAACAGAUCCCAUUUGGUACUUUAAAAAAUAUCCAGAAAUUCCAGGUUAUGAAUUUGCCUCAGCAGAAUUCAUGAGAGGUUUAGGUGUUAAAAAUAUGCCAUUUUCAGAAUUGGUUUUAUUCUAUGACCCAAUAUUAAAGAAAUCAUAUCCAGUUUUAUUAUCUUUAGCUGUAAAUGGAAAAUUGGUUUCAGAUAUUUGGGGUAAUAAAUCGUCGGGUGGUCCAUCAGAAAUCAAUGAAUCAAUUUUAGAUCAACACCACAAUGGUAUUUUAAUAAUUUCAUCAAUGCUAUUAACUGUAGAAGAUCAAAAAGAUGAUAAUUUAUUAUUAACCGAAAAUGGAAGAUAUUUGGUACCUAUUGAUAAUGAUCAUUGCUUUGUUCCACCUUAUGUUGUAGAUAAUGAAAAAAGUUCAAUAAUCAAAUCAUUUAAAGGAAAUGAACAAAAGAAGAAGCUACAAAUGAAAUCAUUACUAUUCAAUUUAAAUAUGAUGAAAGAUAAAAUCCCAGAUUCAGUUAAACAACAAUUUUUAAAUUUAAACUGUUUUGAAUUUUUAAAGGAUUGGUUAGAAAAAUUAACUUAUAUUCACGAUAGAUAUUCAACACUCUUACCAGAAGAAGAAUUACAAUCACUUUACCAAAAUAAUGCAUGCAUUGUCAGAGUAUUCUUUACAACAAAUAUGAUUCAACAAAUUUUUAAUAAUCUUUUAACUAUCCAGUAUUGUUUCAAAUAUUCAAUAACAAACACAUUUAUGGAUCUAUUCCCAAAAAUAGUUGAUCCUUUUGUAGCAAAGAAAUACCAAUCCAUUUUUGAUAAUCCAAAUUUAAAAACUUUAGAAGAAAGAUUUAAAGCAACCCUCGCUUUUGCAAACCAAAAUAAAAACUCAAGUAAUAUUAAUAAUCAUAUUCAAAAUAACCUCAGUUUAAUAAACAUAGUUAAGGUUUUAAAUAUCCCAAAUCAAGAUUUAUAUGGGGAAUCAGUUAGAAUUAAAAAUCAACCAUCAAUUGCAUUAAAUCACUUAAAAGAAAUUUACAAAUUAAAGCAGGAUGUAAAAAAUAUGAAUGAAAAAAUUCUGUUAAGAUCAAACUCAUCAAAUAUAGGAAGUGUUCCGGAUGCAAACCGUGUUUCUAAUAGUUUUGAAAUGCUAAACACCAUCAACUGUAAUGAACUAACCAAAAAGCAAUACUCGGAAUUUGAAAAGAAAUUUAGAUUUGAUUUUUCAAGUAUUGAAAGCUGUUCAAUCCACAACUCUCUAUUUACAGAUUCAUUCAUAAAGAAAUUAAGUUUCUCUCACAUUCAAUUUUUAGAUUUAACAAAUUCGGAAAAAUUAACUCGUUUAUCUUUAGGUUACUUAUUAAAAAUCACACCAGAGUUACUAUAUUUAAAUAUUAGUGGAUGGAAAACUAUCAAACGUAUAACUUUCUUUACAAACACCAAUUUUGAAAUGGGAUUAAUUGAUAUAAACCAACUUAUAACAUUAGAAGAUGAAAGCCAGAUACCACCAAAUAAAAUUCAAAGACUAGUAAUUAAUGAUUGUGCAAAUUUAGAGUUAAUAGAUUUAUUUUAUUCAAUGCCCUCACUUAGAAUUUUAGAUGCCAAUAGAAACCCAAAGAUAGAAAAAAUUCGUAUCAACUAUAAUGUUAAACUAAACACAGAUAUUUCAGAUCCAGAUUUCCAAAUAAUUAAAAAGAAACAACUCAAUUAUAUUGUUUUAGGUGAUAAAAAUGUUGGAAAGACCUCAUUAAUAAAAAUCAUUAAAAAUAAAACCAAUCUUAAAAACUCACACCCAAAUUUCUUUGAAGCAAAUUUAGAUUCCCCAUUACCACAAGAAGUAUUAAAAGCAAUUGAAAAUAAACUAAGCUUCAAUUGUUUUUGUGAUUUUGGAAUAAUUUUAGUUUAUGAUUGCAACAUUGAAUCAUCAAUUAUAUCAUGCAGAAAUUGGUAUAACAACUUUAAAAAGGUCUAUGACCCAAAUAACUACAUUAAAGUUUUAUUGGUUGGUAAUAAAAAUGACCUUCCUUCAAAUAUUACAGAAGAAGAUAUAAAUAAAUUUGCUAAAGAAUUUAGUUUAAUAUCAUUAAAAAAGAACUCCUCAAGGCUAUCAAACUCUCAUGAUGAAUUUAGUGAUAUUUGUUCUUAUUUAACUGAAAAGUGUUGCUCAGAUUGCAAAAAUAUCAAAUAAAAUAUAAAUAUAAAAAAAGAGUAUUUUAUAUAAAAUAAAAUAAACACAAAAAAUAAAAUAAAGAAUGGAUAUAAACUAAGCCAUAUUUUAUUUUAAAAUUGUU